CUUUUGACGUUUUGACAUAUUUAUAGAUAAAUCGCUGAAUCAUUGGCUGAUAUCAGGGAGUAUGUUUUACCAGAUUGCGAACUUUAAUCUACCACGACUUUAUUGUUCCCUUUACAAGCAAAGUGAAGGUAAUCUUUAACACUCGUGCCCUCAGUGGCGCACCGGGACAGAAAGCAAUUUGCGCUGAAGAAUAGCGGAGUACUGAUCUGGGACUGUAGCAUGAUGGAAAUCGGAAAAUGGAUUCUUGCUGCACUCGGGAUCGCAGUGACAGUGGUCUUGAUAGUUGUGCCAACAGUCAUAUAUCUGAACGAGGAUAAAGCACAGCCACAGAAGACCUUCACACUUGAAGAUUAUUUUAACAACACUGCAAGGAGCAAAUCAUAUAACCUGCGCUGGGUCUCAGAUGAUGAAUAUCUUCACAAGACAGGAGACGGUUCAGUAUUUCUGAUCAACGCAGUUACAGGAAGUGAAAGUGAAUUCCUUAACCAUCAGACGUUUGCCCGUGUGGCAGCUUCCGAUUACAUGGUGUCAGCCGAUCGUAAAUAUGUCUGUUUUGUGAGCAACUACACAAAGCUAUGGAGACACUCAUACACUGCAUCAUACUCCAUUUAUAACCUGGAAAGCAAUGCAUUUAUCAAUGCAGAUAUUCCACAUGAAAUCCAGUACCUCGCUUGGUCGCCAACUGGUCACAAGCUGGCUUACGUGUGGAAAUACAACGUCUAUGUGAAAGAGACUCCCACUUCACUUCCAUAUCAGGUCACUAAUAAUGGAGCCUACAACUUGAUCCUCAACGGCAUUCCUGAUUGGGUGUACGAGGAAGAGAUGUUCUCCACAAACUUUGCUUUGUGGUGGUCACCAAAUGGGAGAUUUGUGGCGUAUGCUCAGUUUAACGACUCGGAAGUCCACAGCAUCGAGUACUCCUGGUACGGCAAUGGCCAGUAUCCAGAAACGGUCUUCAUACCGUACCCCAAGCCUGGAACCCCAAACCCAAUCGUGAAACUUUUCGUAUUGGAUACAAACACACAUAACAUCUCGGAAGUUGUCGUCCCCAGUGAUGUUGGGGCAGGAGACCAUUAUCUGAGUACAGUCACAUGGGCGACGGACGAGCGCAUUGUAGUUCAGUGGCAGAAGAGGACACAGAGCUAUGUGGCUCUGAAAUCGUAUAAGUUUAACGAUGGCAAAUGGAGCGAAGAUUUGCUGAACCAGAUCAUCACAAGCAGCACGGGUUGGGUUGGCCGGUUCUCUCCAGAUGAACCUGUCUUUCGGCCAGAUGGCGAAAGUUGUUAUUACAUACUGAGUGACGGAGAAGGGUUUAAACAUCUUGUUUACUUUAAAGACGCAGACAAAACAUUUCUGACGAGUGGAAAGUGGGAGGUCGUGAGCAUUCUUAAAGUCACAGAAGAUGCCGUAUACUAUGUCAGUAACCAACACAACAGCCAUCCAGGACAAAGAAACGUUUACAAGAUCACCAUAAACGGUGCCUCUCAUUCUGAGCCCGUGUGCCUGACGUGUACCCUAAAUGAGGACAGGUGUAAAUAUAAUUCUGCUCUAUUCAGCCAUAAAGGGACAUACUAUCGUAUGGACUGUUCAGGGCCUGGACCUCCUCUGUACACACUAAGAAACAGUCGAGAUGGAUCAGAGGUGAGAGUUCUUGAAGACAACAAAGAUUUGGAGGGCAUUUUGCAAGAGAUCGCAAUGCCAUUGGUUACACAUAAUACUCUUAAGAUUGGGGAUUUUGAUCUCUGGUACCAGAUGACAUUGCCUCCCAAAUUCGAUAAAUCCAAAAAAUAUCCUCUGCUUAUUGAUGUAUAUGCAGGGCCCUGCAGUCAGAAGUCAGAUUUGCGGUUUAGGGUUGGAUGGUCGACAUACUGGGCCAGUACAGAGAAUGUGAUCGUGGCCAGCUUUGAUGGAAGAGGAAGCGGUUACCAAGGCGAUAAAAUCAUGCACUCCAUCUACAAACGACUCGGUACCUACGAAGUCGAAGAUCAGAUUACAGCCGCUAGAGAGUUUAUCAAAAUGGGUUUUAUUGAUAAAGAUAGGAUAGCCAUCUGGGGCUGGUCUUACGGUGGUUAUGUCACAUCGAUGGUUUUGGGAGCUGGAAGCGAAGUGUUUAAAUGUGGCAUGGCUGUCGCUCCAGUGUCUAAAUGGGAGUAUUACGAUUCUAUUUACACUGAGAGAUACAUGCUAACACCCACAGAGAAUCAGGACUUUUAUGACAAUUCCACAGUGACGGGCAGAGCCAAGAACUUUAAAUCCGUUCAGUACCUCCUGGUGCAUGGUACUGCUGACGAUAAUGUUCACUUCCAACAAGCUGCUCAAAUCUCUAAUGCUCUGGUUGAUGAGCAAGUGGACUUUGAUGCAAUGUGGUACACGGAUAAAGAUCAUGGACUCGGAGGAUCCGCCAACAAGCAUGUGUACACUCACAUGACUCAUUUUUUGAAAAACUGCUUCACUUGAACUCAUGAACUCUUUCCUCCGGACAGAACAACUACUCAGAAACUUCAGCGUUGAAUCAACGUUACUUCCGGACUGAUUCAUCGCUUGAACACGUCACACGUAUACACUCACAGAUGAGCAACUCCUGACACCGUAAACAACUGAUUUGUGAUGUAAAAAUGGACACUUUGUUAACCUGUAUUAACUGACCAACAAAACAAAACAAUUAAAAAAUAAAACCUCACAUUUAUUACAAUGUCAAGCAGCAAUAAGAAACUGUGCCAUGUGGAAUGUAAAUGAUCAGAUGUUAUCGGAUGUUCAUGGAUGCGCACAAGCUUGAUGAUCCAGAAUUUUUUUUUUUAUUCAUUACAUUAUGCAUAUUUUGCAGCUUUGAGCUGGGAAAAGCAAUGUAUAUUCUGUCCAUGCAGGAAGUUCAUUGUCAGCUAUUAAUUUGAUGUGAAAUGCAUAAAGAAAAUAUAUAUUUAAAAUCGGGUAUUUAGUAUGUAAGUUUCUUAAGUGGCAAUAUUUAUUGUAUCUCCAUUUAUAAUGUACUGUGCAUUGUAAUAUAAUAAAUAUCAUUUUAAUUAAA